AUGCCGUCCGGGCUACGUGACUGCACCCGCGACCUUCCAAUCGCACAUAGACAGGUCUCUGGGAGAGAUGGCAGACAUGUUCUCACCCCUCCUGCUGCUCCCGGGGGUCUGGGUUCUGAUCAGGUAAAGCAGCAUGAACAUCCCGCGAGAAGCGGAACGGGGGAAGCGAGUUCUCCUGUUUCGACGACGGCAGGAAUCCACAUGCCAGCUCACGGGAGCGGGGAGGAAGAGGUGGAAUGGGAGCAGGAGCUGGCGGUGGAUCACGAUGGGACCUGGGAGGUUCUCGAUGCUCACGUCGGACCUGGUUUCUGA